UUUUGCGAGCUUCCCGAAGCACCAGGCCAUACCAUCAUCAUCAACACCAACACCAACAAAAACGAAAACGAAAACGAAACCAGGUGCAGCAGCACCACUCCCAUUUCUCCAGCGAUGAAAUCUCUUCUCUAUCCACACCCUCUUUCUCUCACCUCCAUCUCCACCGCCAAACCCCAACACCUCACUCUCUCCCACACCCGAACAUUCCUCAAACUCCCGGCCAAUCACGGCGACCGUUCCGCCGUUAGAAACCCAGCUCUGACCGUCAGAGCCGCUCUCGACUCCGUCACGGCCGUUAACCAAUCCGGAAUUUCAUUGCCGGAUGCCAGAAAUCCAACGGUUUCAUCUUCUUAUAGAGACUUCAAGUUGCCGAGGCCGAAUCCGACGGUGCUGGAAGCUCAAACUAGGGUUUGCACCGGCCCUACCCAGACCAAGCCUCUCGGCGAGGACCAGGCGAUGAAGGUACUUGACACCAUUCUCAGAUCCGCCACCGGAGCGCUGAAGGAUGAGGAGCCAGUCUCCAAGGCGCAGCUCGGAGCGUUCUUCGCCGCCAUGACGAUUCGCGCCAAUUGUUUCCCGGAGGCGACGCAAUGGAGCGAAGGCGAGACGCGAGCGAUGGACAGGUACUGGCCGCUUCUGGUCCGGGAGCUGCCGCCGGACGUGGUGUUCAUCGCCGACCCGGAGGGGUCGUUGAUGGGGAUAGGAAGCUCGAUCGGGCCGCAAUUCGUUGGGAACGGGACGAGUGAUAUGAGAUUGGUCGGUGCUCUCCGGGAGGUCUUGGCCGGCGGCCACCUCGGGUAUGAGGAAGUGCAAGGUGUUUUGAAAGACGUUCUGCCGUUGAAAUCGACGACGGAGGAUGGGACGUCCGCCGGAGUAAGUGAAUCAUUGCUUUCGGCAUUGUUAAUAGGUCAGCGUAUGAACAGAGAAACAGACCGUGAAUUAAAAGCUUACUGCCUUGCAUUUGAUGAUGAACUUGGUGAAACUCCGAUUGCUGAUGUGAAAUCAUUAACUCACUAUGGUGAACCUUAUGAUGGAAACACUCGUUUCUUUCGUAGCACAUUGUUUGUUUCUGCGGUUAGGUCUUGUUAUGCUGAAUCAUCCCUGCUUCAUGGUGCUGAAUGGAUGCCUCCAAAGGGAGGUGUUACUGAAGAACAAAUGCUCAAGUUCAUGGGAGCAGAUACGAGCUUAACCCCGUCACAGGCAAAAGUACUUCUAGAGGAUGAAGAAGUUGGGUUUGCUUAUAUAAGUCAUCGCGAAGCCCGCCCAUCUCUAUAUUCAUUAUUAAAGUUGAGGGAGCAUAUCAAGAAACGCCCCCCACUGGCAACAUCUGAAAAGGUUCAGCAAUUUGUGAAGGCCCGGGGGAAGGAAGCAAUUGUCACCGGAUUUUAUCAUGAAGGUUAUGAGGAUUCACUCUUAAUGCUUAUGAAAAGAAGAGGUGUUCAUUCUGGCUUGGUGGUGAAGGGUGAGGAAGGGGCCCUCUCAAUGACAACGAGAUUGCGCUCAGUAAAUUCAUCAAAAGGAAUUCCUGUAAACUACUGUUCAGGGUUCCGUUCACUGAGCAUGGCUUCUGCUUGUGAAGUUGAUGGGGUUUCACGUCAGAGUUUUAACCUGGAGGUUAAUGCCGUAGACUACGGUUUCGAACCCACUGAUACGCCAAGAACUGACAGAUCGGUCUUGAAGAAUAUAGAGUUGGGUUUAACAGCUCUUCAUGGUCAAAAGGGACCGGCUUAUGAUCGAAUAGUCUUGAAUGCUGGAAUGGUUGAUCACUUGCUCGGAUGUGAUGGUGCAGAAGACAUAUCUGUGGCCCUGGAUAGAGCCAGAGAGGCUAUUGACAGUGGCAAGGCUCUAGAAAGGCUCUGGAAUUACAUAAAGGUAUCUAAACAAGUGAGACACAGGCCUGCCAUGUGUGUUUAAUAGAUGAGUAGAUGAGAUAAAGGAAUAGAGGAGGGAUAUGGUUUAGUAUUUCUCCAAUUACAGGUAGCAUACAGAUCAUACGUUUGUUCCUCAGAUUUCGACAGCAGGUGGCAUCCAACAAUGCUUUGUUUUUUAUGUCUAAAGAUGGCCUCGUUUUGGAAAUAGAAACUUUUCGUGUUUAUGUUGAGAUUUGUCAUUCCAGUUGUAAAUUACUUACACCCUGCCCUGUACGGCUGUACAUUAAGAGUGUGUUUGGUUGAGGGAAAAAAUGAUGGAAUUUAAUUGAAAGUGAGGAUUUCAUAAUUCCUAACA